UUCGCCACGAGGAGUUCUCUUUGAAACAAGGGCGGGUUUCAUUUUUCAUUACUGGUGUGGUGUCUGUUUUUUCCAUCUUCGUUCUCAAAAUUUCAAUUUUGUAUCAUCGUCAACUACACCAACAAUGGAGGAAGAAUCAGAUAGAGGGAAGGGGAAGGAGAUAAAGGAGGGAGUAGCUUCAAUAGCAUUGUUGCCAUGUGGGUCCAUUUCUGGCCACUUCAUCCAACUUCCUCACAAUAUUUGCUAUGGCCUCCAUGGCACUGAACUGGAAUGCGAAAGAGAAUGUAGCAGGGGUGAGGAUUACCGUCUGAUCAAGCUCACAAUCAUAGACUACAAUAGCAAGAAAGAACGAGAUGCUUUUGUGGAGUGUAGAGGUCAUGAUGCUGCUCGGUUAAGUAGCAUAGAUCAUGCCCAUGGUUGGGAGAAAGAUGUUGUUGGUAUGGUUGAAGAGAAACAUGGGAAAAACAAGAUAGUGGUUUCUUUCAACUGUGAGACACUGAAAGCUGAGAAAGCUGCAGAAGACCAUAUUAGGAACUUCAUGCCUAAAUUAGCUGGUCUUGAUGCUGUUGUAAACAUUGGGCGGAUGAGCAUUACAGGGUUGGACUUCGAAGCUGAGGAAGUCGAUUCAAAGCAGAAUUCACCUGAAAUCUAAUGCGCACCUUUCCUCAUAGAGUAUUCCCAUCUUGGUCACUUUUGUGGUUUUUAGCCUCAUUUUACCACACCCUGUGUUUAGGUUUGCCUAGAUAGAAACUUCUACUUCCAAUUUCCUCACUUUUUUAUGUUUUCGUAAAGAAUGUUAAAAAUGACAUUUUUGCUAUAGUAACAGGUUCUCCUAAUUCCUAGUUUUAAGCUUGAACAGGAGGAUUGGAUAAAUUCUGUAACUUUAAAGAUUGUGCUGUUGGCUUGAUUAAGACAAUUCAAUAUAUUUUGGCUUCAUGAA